CCCCCGGGCGCGGCGGCAGGAAUUCCGGCGGAGCGGAGGAAUGCGGGGCUCCCGCCGCCCGGGCCGCGGCGGGUGAGUGGCGGAGCCCGGCGCCAAUGCGGAGAGCGGGGGCGGCCCGUGGGGAGGGGGCGCGAUCCUCCCGUGCCGGUGCCCCACGCGCGCUUCCCGCCGGUGUCCCAUGGAUGUUCCUGUUCCACACGUGCUCCCCGUGGAUGUUCCAGAGGUGCCUGGGUCCACUCGUGCUCCCCGUCCCUGGGUGCAGCGCGGUGACGGACGGCCAUGCCCUAGGGGAGCCCCGCCAUGAGCCAAAGCGGGGCGUCGCGCCUGGCCGGCUCCCCGCCGCUGCCGGGGGGCUCCCUCCUGGCCCUGCUGGCCCCCGAGCCCUCCCCGUCCCCCCCCAGCGGGACACCCUCGCCCGGGCCCCCGCCGGCCUUGCUGGAAGGGGACUGGGAAGGGCGGGAGGAGCUGCGGCUGCGGGAGCUGGAGGAGGCGCGGGCGCGGGCGGCGCAGAUGGAGAAGACGAUGCGCUGGUGGUCGGACUGCACGGCCAACUGGCGUGAGAAGUGGAGCAAGGUGCGAGCCGAGCGCAACCGGGCUCGGGAGGAGGUGCGGCAGCUGCGGCACCGGCUGGAGGCGCUCACCAAGGAGCUGGCCAGCCUGCGCCGCGACCGCGACCGCGAGCGGCCCGACGAGCGCCCGGCCCCGCCGCGGGCACCGGCACCGGCACCGGCACCGGCCAGCGCCGGCAGCCCGCCCGCCGACGGAGCAGAGGGAGACGCCGGCCCUGAGCAAGAAGAGCCUGUGCGGGAUGUGGGGGCUGAGGUGCCCCCAAAAGCCAAGGAGCUGGAGCUGAUGGAAAACAUCUUGACGAGCAAGCAGGACGAGAGCUGGGAGCAGCGGGGCCCCCGGGCCUCCUUCAGCCGCCAGGAGCGGAGCCGCCUGCUCUGGGAGGACGUCAGCGUCGUGGAGGAGGACGCCACCAAAGUCACCGCCCUGAAGCUCAGGCUGGAUGAGUCCCAAAAAGUGCUGCUCAAGGAGCGGGAGGACAAGCUGGCGCUCAGCAAGAACAUCGAGAAGCUGGAGGGCGAGCUCAGCCAGUGGAAGAUCAAGUAUGAGGAGCUCAACAAGAACAAGCAGGAGGUGAUGAAGCAGCUCAACAUCCUGAAGGAAAUUCAUCAGGACGAGCUGGGGCGCAUCUCCGAGGACCUGGAGGAUGAGCUGGGUGCUCGCUCCAGCAUGGACAAGAAGCUGGCUGAGCUGCGUGCAGAGAUGGAGCGGCUGCAGGCAGAGAACGCGGCCGAGUGGGGCCGGCGGGAGCGGCUGGAGACGGAGAAGCUCAACCUGGAGCGGGAGAACAAGAAGCUGCGGGCACAGAUCGAGGACCUGGAGGAGGUGCUGGCUCGCAAGCGGCGCCAGACAGCCAGUGCCCUGGACACUGACCUCAAAACCAUCCAGGCUGAGCUCUUCGAGAAGAACAAGGAGCUGGCCGACCUGAAGCACAUCCACACCAAGCUGAAGAAGCAGUACCAGGAGAAGAUGGCCGAGCUGGCCCAUGCCAAUCGCCGCGUGGAGCAGCAUGAGGGAGAGGUGAAGAAGCUGCGCCUGAGGGUGGAGGAGCUGAAGAAGGAGCUGGCCCAAGCUGAGGAUGAGCUGGAUGAGGCCCACAACCAGACGCGGAAGCUGCAGCGGUCGCUGGACGAGCAGACGGAGCAGAGCGAGAGCUUCCAGGUGCAGCUGGAGCAUCUGCAGUCACGGCUGCGGCGCCAGCAGAGCGCCCCGCUGUUCGGCAAGAUGCGCAGCGCCCGCUUCGGCCCCGACGACGCCGGGGACGGCACCAGUGACCCCGACGAGGACGAGGACCUGCAGAUACAGGUGCCCUAGAGCCCAGGGCCAGUGCCACCACCGCAGGACGUGCCACAUCAGUCCUCUGCCUUCAAGUGCAUCUCGCCACGGGGCCCAGCUGUGCGGUGAUACUUGUAUAGAUGGGGAAACUGAGGCACGGAGCGGUGGGGAGAAAUUUGCCCCGGGUGCUCUAAAACCUGCUGCUUCUUGGACAGUACUGGAUGCCCCUUGGGCCACUGGCAUCUCCUGGAACACUGAUGUGGCCACUAAAGCCAGCAUCACUGAGCAGCCCAGGAGGAGGAGGCACAGGCAAAGAGAAGCACCAAGCUUGGCAGCCACAAACUGCCCACUUCUUUUUAUAUAUAUUAUAUAUAUGUAUGUAUUUGUAUAUGAUUUUUUAUUAUAAAUACAGAGCCCAGAUGGGCGCAGGCUCUGGUGGUGGUGUGAGCUGCUGGUCUGUCCCCACACAGGAGCGAGGGUGGGGAUGGGACAAAUCAGGGAGAAUCGGCAUUUCUUCGCCAGGCACUCACAGACCAGGAUGUCACCCCCUGGCAUCCCUGUCCCCAUGCCUGGAGACCAGCCCAGUGCGGGGGUAAA